AUGGACUCUGUUUCUUCCUCUUCCUUCAUCUCUACAUUCUCUCCUAAAUCCUCUCUUCACCAAUCUCUUCUUAGCCGCCAAUCUUCCUCUCGUCCUCUCCUCCGUAUCAACUCCGCCGUCGUCGAAGAACGAUCUCCGAUCAGUAAUCCAAGCGACAACAAUGGCCGUCGCCAAACCACUCUUCCUCCGAGCAAACCUAAGAAACUCUACAAUCGCACAAACCACACCGCACUUUCAUCUCCGGCUAAACUCCGACCAGAAAUGACUCUCGCGACGGCUCUCUUCACCGCCGUCGAAGAUGUCAUCAACACCUUUAUCGAUCCACCGUCACGUCCUUCAGUCGAUCCAAAACACGUUCUCUCCGAUAACUUCGCUCCUGUUCUCGACGAGCUUCCUCCCACGGAGUGUGAGAUCAUCCACGGCUCUCUCCCUCUGUCUCUUGACGGCGCUUACAUCCGUAACGGCCCGAACCCACAGUUUCUCCCUCGUGGUCCUUACCAUCUAUUCGACGGUGACGGUAUGCUUCACGCGAUUCGAAUCCACCGUGGUAAAGCCACGCUCUGCAGCCGAUACGUCAAGACUUAUAAGUAUAACGUGGAGAACAAGAACGGAGCUCCCGUGAUGGUUAACGUGUUUUCCGGAUUCAACGGCGUGCCAGCAUCGCUGGCUCGUGGAGCGUUGACGGCGUUUAGGGUUUUAGCUGGACAGUACAAUCCGAUUAACGGCAUUGGAUUGGCGAACACGAGUCUCGCUUUCUUCUGCAACCGUCUCUUCGCUUUAGGAGAAUCUGACUUGCCGUAUGCCGUGAGGUUAACGUCCGACGGAGAUAUCGAGACUAUCGGACGACACGACUUCGACGGGAAAGUAGCGAUGAGCAUGACGGCUCACCCGAAAACCGAUCCUGAAACCGGAGAGACGUUUGCUUUUCGGUACGGUCCGAUUCCACCGUUUCUAACGUUUUUCCGGUUCGAUUCAGCGGGGAGGAAACAGCAAGACGUUCCGGUUUACUCGAUGACGUCUCCGUCUUUUCUACAUGACUUCGCGAUCACCAAAAGUCACGCGAUUUUCUCAGAGAUUCAGCUUGGGAUGAGGAUGAAUCCGAUGGAUUUGGUGCUAGAAGGAGGAUCUCCGGUUGGUACAGAUAACGGGAAGACGCCGAGGCUCGGAGUGAUUCCACGUUACGCCGGAGACGAAUCGGAGAUGAAAUGGUUUGAGGUUCCUGGAUUCAACAUCAUUCACGCCAUCAACGCUUGGGAUGAAGACGAUGGAAACUCCAUCGUUUUGAUCGCUCCCAACAUUAUGUCGAUCGAGCAUACUCUAGAGAGGAUGGAUCUCGUUCACGCCUUGGUGGAGAAGGUAAAGAUCGAUCUCGUCACCGGAAUCGUCACGCGUCACCCGAUCUCCGCCAGGAACCUCGAUUUCGCCGUUAUCAAUCCGGCGUUUACGGGGAGAAGGAGCCGGUACGUCUACGCGGCGAUCGGGGAUCCGAUGCCGAAGAUCUCGGGGGUGGUGAAGCUCGACGUGACCAAAGAAGAUCGGGACGAUUGCACGGUGGCGCGUAGAAUGUACGGUCCAGGUUGUUACGGCGGCGAGCCGUUUUUCGUAGCUAGGGAUCCUGGUAAUGCGGAGGCGGAGGAGGAUGACGGUUACGUGGUGACGUAUGUUCACGAUGAGGUGACCGGAGAGUCGAAGUUUCUGGUGAUGGACGCGAAAUCGCCGGAGCUUGAAAUCGUCGCCGCCGUGAGGUUACCGAGAAGGGUUCCGUACGGAUUCCACGGGCUAUUUGUGAAGGAGAGUGACCUUAAUAAGCUGUAA